GAAUGAAUAAGUUCUAAGACGAAACAGGCUCCACUCAAAAUUAGACCAGAGAAAAGCUCUGCAAAAUCUGAUCAAUCAACAAAAUAAAUCAAAAAAAAAACAGCCAUUGAGAACUCAUAUUCUAGUAUAGCAAUUAAAACCAUAGGAUUACAUGGAAAAGUUGAAGCUAUCCUAACUCAAAAGUUCAAAAAUAGAAAAGGAUGGAAAAAUAGUUAAAAAUUCUUUGCUCUAGGAUAUUGGUAAUAUUGAGUUAGAAAUUCAAAAAAUGACAUACGAGUAUAGGACUCCUGUCAAUAAAACUUAAAUAAUAGAUUCCAAUAAUAGCUUAUUUAAUUAAAAAGCGAUUGCAUCUUCAACAAAUAAGACAGAUGUAUCGAAGUCAGAUCAUAAAAUUUUAUUAAUGAAUAGAAAUUCAAUCUCUAACGAUAAUAUAUCGAAAUACACUAAGGCAAAUCUACUCUCUGAGGUUUCUUACUUAAAACUAGCAGAAUCCAUGAGAAAUUAUUCAAACUAAAAAAAAUCUGUUGAAGUCAAAAUUACUGACAAACCUAAAACCAAACCUUAUAAUAUUCUAUCAACAAAAUACUAAUCAAAUAUAAAUAUUAAGAAAAAACAAAAUAGUGAUACUUAGAAUAGUAUUAAAACAUAAAAUCCCUAAGUCAACAAGUUAUCCUAAUAAAUAUGUUCUGAAAGAUAUAAGACUAUUCAGAUUAAAUCAAUUUUAAAGUAGACUUCUUUGCAUACAUAGGAUUUUAAUUUUCUUCAAACUAAUUUGGCUGCUGAUGUUUCAAAGCAAUAAGACAAUGAUCAACAUCAAAUUUAGGAUAACUUUAAGGAUGAUAACAAAUUAGAUAAGGCACUUAAAAUUUACAAUUCUUUGAAGCUUCUAGUUCACAAAGGUUCUUCAUUGUAGUCCUAGAUGAAAGAAUAAAAGGAACAUAAAAAUCAAAUGGCUUAAUGAAUUUUACCCUAACUUCAUAAUAUUUCAGUUUGAAAAAUCUGUAUUAAA